UUUGCAACUCACAAGUAGACCGAACUGUGUCUUCCUAAAAUAUAUUCGAGAAACAGACCCCAGCGCACCUAACGACCAAAUAUCGCGGACCUGGAAAAAAUAUGGAUGUCAUUAAGACGAAAAAAUAUUUGCCUGAUCCAAAACGAAUGGAACAAUGGCUAAAUUAUACGAACACAAGACAGAAUUCCUUACAGUCACAUAUGAAUUAUAUGAAGAUGUUAUGUCAUGAUAUUCAACCACAUAUCUUACAAUCUAAAAGUACUCUGGAUAUCUUGAACCAUCAUACUUCUAAAAAUGAACCUUCUGAUCAUGCUGAAAUUACAGUUUCUCAACAGAUAAAUUAUGAUAAUUCUUUAGAAGAAUUAUGCGAUACCAAAUAUCUGCCAAAUGAUGAUGGUACGAAAAAAUGUUUAGUAUUAUCUUGUUAUUUCUAAAUGGAAUUAAAAUACUUAAUAAUUUUUUGCUACAGAUGGUACUGAACAAUGUGUUUCAUGCCAUAGUCAAAAAUUAGAGAAUAUUUUACCAAAAAUUAGUAUGCAACGCAAAGAUGAUGACAAAAUUGAACUUCCUAUAAAAAACAAAUCAGAAAUUGAAUUAUCUGGUGUCACACCCAGAACUUAUAAACUAUCGCAAAAUCUGCAUAUCCAAUCGAAAUUGGUAUCACCAAUUUCUAAAGAAAACAUGGAAUAUAAAGAACAUAAUGGCAACUGGCAAUAUCCAUAUCAAGAUCAUCUAGCAAAAUAUUCUGAAAAACUAGCACAAGAUGUGGAAGAUUCAAAGAAGGCUUUUGAACAAUUAAUUUUGGACAAUCAAAAUAAAUGCUUGCUUCAAGAUCUGACUUCUGCAAGAGGCAGUAUUAAACUGCAUACCACUGGUAGCGUAAAAACUGCAACUGUAGGUAAAAGUAAAAAAGUAAAAAAUGAGAAGUUAAGCAGGAGAGGUUCCUUAUGUAAGUUAGAUGAUAUUACUGCAUUGAAGUUUAAAAAACGAAGAAGAAAAUUACAUGGUUCCAAUUCAAAAAGUACUGUAACAACAAAAGACACAAAUUUCAUAGGAAGAAAAGACACAAAAAAGCGAAAACAAAAAAAUGGUACAAGUAAUCGUCAUGUACCAAAAUCUCAUCGGAUUUCUAAUGAAGUGGUUGAAAUUUAUCACAAUACAGCAGCAAAAAGUGGUAGUGCUUCUGUUGUUCUCAGUAAACAUUCCAAAUUAGAUUCAUACAUGAACUGUAAUAGUGGAUUAGCUACAAUUAAACAGCAGACUGUACAUGUAAAACCAACAUGUGAAAAUAAUGGUAGUAAUCAACAGAAUUGUAACACAGGAGAAAACAAUGGACAAGAUAGUCCUAGGAAACAGUGUCAGUCUAGAUAUAAAGCAGAAGUAAAAAGUACAAAUACUUAUAUUCAAAAUUGCAAUUCGGAGAUUGCAUCUGCUCCUGUGCAUGCAACGGAGAAAUGCAGUUUGAAUCAGUGUCAAAAUUCAAUUAUGCAAGCAUCGUGUUGCGACCCAAUGAUUACUCAUAGUUACGAAAUGCCAACAUUGGCUUCGAAGUUGAAAAGAGUAAAUCGUUCGUAUUUCGGUAGAUUCAAUUUUCGGAACAUACCCUUCGUAGUGGGUACUUCUGUAUCCCCGAGUCACAAUUUAGGUUUAAAUAUCCAGCAAGUAUUAAGUAUAAUGAAAACAAGGCAACCCUCAGUAAAUGGAAUUACUCCCCUUCUCAUUCGUAAAGUUAGCAGAGGUAUAAGACCUGUAUCUACUCUUAUGGAACAAAUGAGCAAUCGAUUCAAUAAACUGCCUCAGAUAAAUUCUCAAAUGACCAAUACGUUCAUACAAAAAGAAAAUACGUUUACGAAUGGAUCUGAUAAUUUAUUUGAAAAUGAAAAUGUAUCUUUGCAUUACGAAAAAACUCAAUUAAGAAAUCUGAAUUUGAAUUUAAAUUCAAGUAUAAGGCAAUAUGAAAAUUUACAACAAACAGCAAUCACAGAUGACAAAACUACGUACGAAAACUUCAACAAAGAAAAGGACACUAAAUUAGAGAAGCAAUCGGGCAAUACUAAAGCAUUAAAAGUAUUCUCGUCUCAACAAAACGUAAAAACACAAAUGGAAAUUCCUGGCAUACAGUCGAAAACUUGUCAAGGGAACAACUUUAAUGUGAUCGUGUGUAACAGUCAAAUGACCAAUCAUACCGAGAGUUCAAAGGGGAUACGAGAAGUUCUUGUUAAUCUUCACGAUCAGUUUGAAGAAUUGAACACAAAAUACGAAAAAUUACAAGGAAAGUCUGAAAAGGCUAAAGAUAAAGCAUCUGAAGAAGAGAUGUUGAAUCUUGAAAAAGAGUUAACUGCAAAAGAAGAUGAGAUUAAUGCUGUUAUUAAUCUCUAUAAAGAGGUAAUGACAUUAAAACACCAAAUGAAGCAACUACAGGAGAAGAAUAGUUAUGUUUGCGUAUCAACUGAGGUUCCAUUAGGAUCCGAUAAAGCCUAUUCGUCCAUGCCAUUUACAUUAAGUAAAUCCAAUGGAACAAUUAUGCAGCAGAGAUUACAACAUAGAAGAGCAAAUAGCGUUAUUACACCAAGAGAACCUACUUCUAUUCGGCUAGCCGGUCUUUUACGACAAAUUCAAAUGUUUCAGAAACAAUUGAAAUUGACUUCAUGGUAAGGAUACAUCGGAUUUUCGAA